CGCCCAUGGGCGGGUCCGGGACCGCGCUCGGUUCUUCUCUGCGCACUGAGUGCGGCAGUUUGGCCGCUGCCGGAGCACAUACGGUGGCUGUGUGACCGGCACCUCCGGGGAGCCUGCGGUUUUCUCCGGCCAUGGCUUUCGCCAACUUCCGCCGUAUCCUGCGCUUCACCGGUGAUAGGAAGAGGCUGCGGGAGUAUGAACAUGUCCGGAGAGACCUGGACCCCAACACGGUGUGGGACAUAGUCGGGGAGCUGGGGGACGGAGCCUUCGGGAAAGUGUACAAGGCCAAAAACAAGGAAACUGGCAUCUUGGCUGCGGCCAAAGUUAUAGACACAAAGAAUGAAGAAGAGUUGGAGGACUACAUGGUUGAGAUAGAUAUCCUCGCCACCUGUAAUCACCCCAACAUUGUGAAGCUACUUGGUGCUUAUUAUUUUGAGAACAAGCUCUGGAUCUUGAUAGAGUUUUGUCAAGGUGGAGCCGUGGAUGCAGUAAUGCUUGAAUUGGAUCGUGGUCUGACAGAAGCUCAGAUCCAAGCCGUGUGCAGACAGAUGCUGGAAGCACUGGCAUACCUCCAUAGUAUGAAGAUCAUCCAUCGGGACCUAAAAGCAGGGAAUGUUCUACUAACUCAAGAUGGAGACAUCAAGCUAGCGGAUUUUGGUGUCUCAGCAAAAAAUGCAAAAACUUUGCAGAGGAGAGACUCCUUCAUAGGUACCCCUUACUGGAUGGCCCCUGAAGUGGUGAUGUGUGAGACGAUGAAAGAUGCUCCAUAUGACUACAAAGCGGACAUUUGGUCUUUAGGCAUAACGCUCAUUGAAAUGGCUCAAAUUGAGCCACCACAUCAUGAACUUAAUCCAAUGCGGGUGCUUUUGAAAAUUGCCAAAUCAGAGCCCCCUGCUCUCUCUUCUCCUUCAAAGUGGUCUCAGGAGUUACGGGACUUCCUGAAGAAGGCUCUCGAUAAGAAUCCAGAGACCAGGCCAAGCGCCGUGCAGCUCCUGGAGCAUCCAUUUGUUAACAAAGGGGUAAAUAACAAAAUUUUGCGGGAACUUGUGGCAGAGGCGAAAGCUGAAGUACUAGAUGAAAUAGAAGAGAAUGGCGAACUGGAGGAAGAGGAGUCUCCUGAUGCACCGUCUCCACCUACGAAGAAUGGCAACCAGUACUCGUUUGAUGUUGAAAAGGGCAAGUCUAGUUUAACAAAACGCCAAAGCAAUGGUCUAAAACGUCAUAAAGACGAGACGGAUGGCCAAAGCCCAGACAGCACUAUAAGCAGCAAACCUGGUAUAAAGUCUGCUGAGAACUCCACACAGAACAUCAAUGGUGAAGAAAAAGUCAAACCUGAUAUCAUCAUUAUCAACCCAUUAAUCUCCCCUGAAUUAAAGAAUAAUUCAACAGCUGAAAAUCACAGUCUGGACAAGGGAAAAGACAAUGAGGUAUCUGUAUCAAAUGGCCACAUCCCAAAGAACAGCCAGUAUGACCGGCUAUCUGCAGAAUUGAUUCCCAAUGGUGGAAGUUUCGACUCUCCUUCCCGUUUCUUCAGCAGUCAACCUAAAAGGGAUUCUGAUUCAGGCAGUAACUCUGCUUCAGACAGUAUGGACCUCAGUAUCAACUUGUCGGCUGAUUUAUCCAUUAAUAAAGAGACUGGUUCUCUGUCAAUUAGGGAGUCUCGUCUUCACAACAAGACUUUGAAACGCACCAGACGAUAUGUAGUUGAUGGUGUAGAAGUGAGUAUCACCACCUCAAAGAUCAUCGGUGAUGAUGAGAAGAAGGAUGAAGAGAUGCGCUUUCUGAGGCGCCAGGAGCUACGUGAAUUGAGAUUGCUGCAGAAAGAAGAACACAGGAACCAGACCCAGCUGAACACAAAGCAUGUGUUACAGCAGGAGCAGAUGAUACGUCGCUUUGAACAGGAAAUGCAUGCAAAGAAAAAGUUCUAUGACACAGAGCUGGAGUUACUGGAGCGCCAGCAAAAGCAGCAGAUUGAGCGGAUGGAGCAGGAGCAUGCUACACGCCGAAGAGAUGAGGCCAAACGCAUCCGUACUGAGCAAGAGCGUGUACAUGCAAAAUUCCUUGAGCAUCUAAAGCUACGAAAAAAAGAGAUGAAGGCAUCUGUGGAAAAUCUACCAAGGUAUCAACGCAGAGAACGAAUGAAACUGAAAAUGGAUGAGUUUUCUCAGAUGAAGCAAAGUGAGGAGCAACAGUUCUUAAAUAAACAGAAGGAUGAUAUGGCUCUGGUUAUGAGUGAUAUUACACUGGAGCACAAGAAAGAGAUAUAUAGCAAGGAAAAGGAAUUCCUGAAUAAGAAACAGCAGCUUCUCAGAGACAGGGAAGCUCGCAUAUGGGAAUUGGAAGAGCGCCACCUACAGGAAAGACAUCAACUUAUAAAGCAGCAGUUAAAGGAUCAAUAUUUCUUACAACGUCAUGAACUGCUCAGGAAGCAUGAGAAGGAGCAAGAACAAAUGCAGCGGUACAAUCUGCGCAUGAUUGAACAACUCAAAAUACGGCAGCAGCAAGAGAGAGCACGCUUGCCCAAACUUCAGAGAAGUGAAGCAAAGACACGGUUGGCUAUGUACAAAAAAAGUCUUCACAUCAGCUCUUUUUCCAGUGGUGCGGAACAGAGGGAGAAGGUUAAGCAGUUCACACAGCAGGAAGACAGGAGACAGAAGGCAGAGAGGUCACAGCAACUGCAAAAGCAUGAACAGCAGAUAUUGGAGAUGCAUGCCCAGUGCGACAGCAAUGCAAGAGAGCUGCAGCAGCUUCAGAACGAGAAGUGUCAUCUUUUAGUGGAGCACGAGACUCAAAAACUAAAGGCUUUGGAUGAGGGUCACAUACAGAUGCUGAGAGACUGGAGGGAAAAGUUAAGGCCCCGCAAAAAGGCUCUGGAAGAUGAUCUUGAGCAGAAGAAGCUGGAGCAGGAAAUGUUCUUCCGCAUGAGUGAGGGCACAGGAGGACAUAACGGUUCAGCUCAGAAACCUGCUAGGUUUUACGCCUACGGUUCAGCUGAGGCCUCAUAAUGAUCAGCAAUACUCACUUUAAUACCCAUCUCCAUAGAAGGAUCUGGAAAAGGUUUUGUUACAACUUUGCCAAUAAACUGUCUUUGCACUUAAUGUGCAAGUAAAAAAUAUGAAGGAACGCCUGACGCCCGUAACAUGUCAGAAAGACUUGAAAAACAGAGAAGAGCUUAAUGUUGAGGAAAUGCCAUAUCCAUAAUUAUACAAUGAAAAGCUGUCUGCCAACCAAAAAAUGAUGCCCCGUCUUAAAAACGCUGAUGUCAUUUAUCUGCUAAAUGACCAUACUUGCUGUUUCUAUUUUGCUUCUGGAGAAGAGGCUUUUGUAAAUUUGAUGCCAAAAAUGUUCUCCUCAUACAUGGGACCUUAAUAUAGAAUUGACUUUCAUUUUAGUGGGCCUGUGUUUGAGUACGUGUGCCUUUUCACUCUGUCACAAUGUUUAACCUCAUUGCCUUUAUAUCUUUUGCCAUGUUUGGCUCCUGCAUGAACCUCUGUCAGCAGAUUUGUACCUAUGAAACUGGCUGACCACCUGUUACAUGUGCACUUGGCAUCUGAAGGCAUCUGUGUUGGUCCCAUGUUCAUAUGUGCCCACAUUGCUGAGAAAAUUGUUUUACUAUAUGCAAAUGCAUCUUACACCACUGUUUCCCAGCAACUUGGUGGUCAGGGCUUAGUCUCAUCUCGCCCUAGUAAAGCCUCAUGCACACAACCGUUUAGUGUUUUGCGGUCUGCCUAACUGCCUAUUCUUGUCCGCGAAACAAACAAGAAUAGGACAGGUUACUGCGGCUCGGAUGCGGACCAAAACAAAGGGUGUGUGCAUGAGGCCCAAGGGCGAGAUGAGACCAAUCCUUUAAGUAUAUUUUAUAAAGCACUCCUUGCACUUGCCUUAUUUGUGCAGACCAUAAAAAUAUUAGUAAGCUGUACUAUUUGUGAGCACACCUACUCUAUCCACCCAUAGACUGACCUGUGUUCAGACUAUGGAUUUUGCGCUUUUAUGGGUAUUCUAAAAUAUACUUUAAGAGGGAAAAGAGGGAAAAAUUGACAUAUCAUUUCAGCACGUUUAUAUGAUAGAUAAAGAAGAAAUUGCACUGUGGAUUCAGAUAUGCUGCACAAUGGAUAUUAAACUCUGUGCAAGAGAAAAGUGGAACAGUUGCCCCUACAAACAAAUUUGAUUCUUUCUCUCAUUGGUCAGAUACCCUUUGGAAGAUGAAAACAUCAAUCAGAUUGGUUGCCACAGGUUUAACUGUUCUCUUACAGUGGUUUUGAUAAAUCUCCCCAUUAGGUUUUACAUUUAGCAGUCGCAUUAAGAAGAAAUGUUCAACUAUGAGAAAUUAAAGGGGUUUCUGGGUGUUUAAUAUUGAUGACCUAUCCUCAGAAUAAGUCAUCAGUACCUGAUUAGUGGGGAUCCUACACCGGCUACCCCUACUGAUCAGCUUUAUGAUGUAGCCGCUCCACUAAGCACUGCGCCCUCCUCGUAGCUAACCAAGCACAGCGCCAUCCAUUGUAUAGCAGUUGUGCUUGGUAUUGCAGCUCGGCCCCAUUAACCUGAAUGGAACCGGGCUGUUCCUAGGCCAUGUGACUGAGCAUGACAUCACCAGCCUAGUAAGAGGCCGCAACACGCACACAGAUGAUCAGUGGAGGUGCCAGGAGUCGGAACCCCACCAAUUAAUAUUGAUGACCUGUCCUAAAGAUCAAUGAUCAAUAUCUAAACACCUGGGUAACCCCUUUAAGAGCUGUGUAUCUAAGAAAAAAAUAAUGUUACUGAAUUGUUAAACUAAGUAUUGAGAUAUUGGUGGAUGGCAAAAUAACAUGUAUAGGGGUCCUUAUUAACAGUUUUGAACGUGAAGCAGUGUGUUUGGUGCAUUUCUGUGUAGUAAUUGUUAAGUAGUGACUGCUGGCCAGUCUUGUAGUGGGCCACAAUAUAGAAAUAUUAGUCUGCCAUUCUCUGAUGGCACAACCAUGAGCUCCCUAGUUAAGGUGCCCUGCGACCUAAUAUUGUUACAUUGAGCUUGGGAUGUCUGUUUGCUAUAAAGUAUCACGUUUGGCAGAGAAAAUUCUAUUGCAUAGAAAAUAUUUAAUUUGUUGGGAAGCAGAUAAAGAGGCCUUUUCAUAUAUAAGUGUACAGCCACAUGGUCAGGUUUGUAGCUAAAACGAGGAGUGAAUUAAAGAGGUUGUAUCUGUCCUGUAUUUUGGCUUCCAAAACCACAGAAAUCAGACUUUGUGGCCAUUCCCUAAGUAAUAUUUCUUGACUAAUAAUUUGGCGCAGUUGUGAUACUUGAAUAUUGUGUUUCCUCUUCUCCUCCUAGUCGCUGCUAACUUAAUUUCUAAGUUUCUAUUCUAAGUGCUGUAAGAACAAGUGCAUUAUAUAGUACUAAAUAAUAUAUAUUUUCCUCCAAGCUUAUUUUCCUAUGUGCACAUGUGUAUUUUCAUAAGGGCUUUCUGCUGGGGUGAAACACUGUAAAAUGUAAAUAAGAUUCUAAUAAAGUAAUAAGAAAACAAA